AUGUCGCUUCCUAAUUUCACAAAAGAAGAGUUGGAGAAUAUUCCAGAAUUUGUUCCAGCCAACGUGGUUAUUGGAAGAAAAGAGGUUUAUUUUAAUCCAUUUUUUUUAAUCAAAAAUAUUUGUUUCAGCGUGGUUGUUUCUUAAUUGCCUCAUCGUAUCUUGAAUGUAUUGAAAAAUCUCUCUAUGCAUUGGUGAGUUCAUUUUUCAUAGCUAUGUACAAAUAAUUAAUUAAUUUUUAUUUACAGGUCAAUUCCAUUGAUCUGAAACACCAUUUCAUUCACUUGUUGUGUCGGACUUUACAUCAAAAAGUGACCGCAACCAGUGUUUUUCUGGUUGAAUAUCAAGGAAACGAUUAUUGUGUAGGUUUGAAAUUGAAUCUAUGUAUAUAAAAUAAGAUUGUUCAACACCUACAAUUUCAGGAUCGCGUAGAAGAUCAAUUGGCAAAAAUCGAAACAGAUUAUUUUGAAAUUCAGGAAACUAUCGAUUUUUCCAAUGUUGUCAGGAAAUUUUACUGUUAA